UGUGCAUUGAUUUGUCGACGAGGGCAUUCACGCAACGGAGUACGUAAACAUUUCAUCUGUGUAUACUUUUGUACUUGUUUUGCUUUUAAUCCAUCAUCCCUCCUUGAUUAUGUGAAUUGCGACAUAUCAGGGCUGUUUGUGAGAGUGCGUCGGUGGUCAUUAACAAUACUUGGGCUACAAGGAAAGAAAUAUAAAGACACGAAAUGACACACUCGGGUAAUCCUUUUAGUCAUCUCCUUAAGUCAUUGGAGGUUGAUGGAUCAGUAUACAAGUAUUAUGAUCUGCUGGGUUUGAAUGAUCCUCGGUAUGAAAAGUUACCAUUUUCCAUCCGUGUCUUAUUGGAAGCUGCUGUACGUUGCUGCGAUAAUUUCCAAGUAAAAGAAAAGGAUGUGACAAAUAUCUUGAAUUGGGAAACUCUUCAAUUUAAAGAAGGUGGGGUGGAUGUUGCAUUUACUCCAGCUCGUGUAAUUCUUCAAGAUUUUACAGGUGUACCUUGUGUAACAGAUUUCGCAGCUAUGAGAGAUUGUGUUCAAAAGUUAGGUGGAGAUCCUGAGAAAGUAAACCCUUUAUGCCCAGCAGAUCUUGUAAUUGACCACUCAGUUCAAGUAGAUUUUUCUACAAGCACUCUCCGUGACAGCCCUAACCCUGGUGGUGGUAACAGAUUUGCGACCAGCAGCCGAAAAAGUCCUAAUGGUGCUUCCAUAAAGCAAGAAAGUGACCAAAAUUCUUCCAGAUUUAAUUAUUGCUCAAAAAAUACAAUCAAUGAGAAUCAUUUGAAGUCUUCAUAUGCAUUUAAAAACCAAAGUUUGGACUGUGAGCGAUUGCGGACAUGGAGAAAUAACAAUCAAAAUCUAAGUCUACCAUCUAGUUUCUCUCGAUUAAAACAAGAACUGCAAAAUCCUAAAGUUUCACCUCAUCCCAACUUUCCUCUUCAAUAUGAAUACUGCCCGUUUCAUAAAGCAAGAUCUAUAGGUUCUGAUUCCUUGGAAAAGAACUUGGAUCUAGAGUUCGAAAGGAACAAAGAAAGAUUUGAAUUUCUUAAAUGGGGAGCUAAGGCUUUUAAAAACAUGACAAUAAUUCCACCAGGAUCUGGAAUCUGUCAUCAAGUCAAUUUAGAAUACUUAGCAAGAGUGGUUUUUGAUAACAAUGGUUUACUAUAUCCUGACAGUCUUGUAGGAGCUGAUUCACAUACUACAAUGAUUAAUGGACUGGGAAUUGUUGGAUGGGGUGUUGGUGGCAUUGAAGCUGAAGCUGUUAUGCUUGGACAGGCUAUUAGUAUGGUUUUACCACAAGUUGUUGGUUACAAAUUAGUUGGUAAAUUGAAUCCAAUGGCCACUUCUACAGAUGUUGUACUCACCAUUACUAAACAUCUGAGACAGUUGGGAGUUGUUGGAAAAUUUGUGGAGUUUUUUGGCCCUGGAGUUGCUGAGUUGUCUAUUGCAGACAGAGCGACAAUAUCCAAUAUGUGCCCUGAGUAUGGUGCGACAGUUGGAUUCUUCCCUGUUGAUGAUAAGAGCAUUUUGUAUUUGCAUCAAACAGGUCGAGAUGAAAAACAUUUGAAGUAUGUCAAAGCUUACUUAGAAGCUGUGCACAUGUACAGAGACUAUAAGAACUCUGAUCAAGAUCCUGCAUUUUCUGAAAUUGUAACUUUAGAUUUAGCAACUGUUGUAAGUUCUGUCAGUGGACCAAAACGGCCUCAUGAUCGUGUUCCUGUUCAGGAAAUGAAGAAAGAUUUUCAGAACUGUCUUGUAAAUAAGGUUGGCUUUAAAGGAUUUGGGCUGGAUCCCGAAAAACUUUCCACCACAGUGCCAUUUACAUACAAUGAUCAACAGUACUUCCUUAAACAUGGUGCUGUUGUUAUUGCUGCCAUCACUAGUUGUACAAAUACUAGUAAUCCAUCUGUUAUGUUAGGAGCAGGUUUGGUUGCCAAAAAGGCAGUAGAGAAAGGUCUUACUGUUAUGCCUUACAUCAAAACAAGCAUGUCUCCUGGUAGUGGUGUAGUUACUUAUUAUCUACAAGAAAGUGGUGUCAUAAAAUAUUUAAAACAACUUGGGUUUGAUGUUGUUGGUUAUGGUUGUAUGACAUGCAUAGGAAACAGUGGACCUCUUCCCGACUGUAUAGUAGAAGCUAUUGAUGUGGGUGAGAUAGUUGCUUGUGGUGUGUUGUCAGGCAAUCGAAACUUUGAAGGAAGAAUUCAUCCUCACACUCGUGCCAAUUACCUUGCUUCUCCCCUUUUGGUUGUUGCUUAUGCCCUGGCUGGUACUGUCAAUAUUGAUUUUGAAACUGAACCAAUCGGUAAAGGAGCUGAUGGCCAGGAUGUAUAUCUGAGAGAUAUUUGGCCUUCCAGAGAAGAAAUUCAGGAAGUUGAAGCCAAACAUGUUCUUCCAGCUAUGUUUCAAGAAGUUUAUUCUAGAAUUCAGUUUGGAAAUAAAAGAUGGAAUUCUUUAAAUGCUCCUGAGGGAAGCCUGUAUUUAUGGAAUCCUAAAUCUACUUACAUUAAACCUCCUCCAUUUUUUGGUGACAUGACUCUAGAUCUUCCAGAAAUAACAAACAUCACAAAUGCUAGAGUCCUCCUUUACUUAGGAGAUUCUGUUACCACAGAUCACAUAUCACCUGCUGGCAGUAUUUCCAGAAACAGUCCUGCUGCUCAGUUCUUAAAUGCUCAAGGCUUGACUCCCCGAGAAUAUAAUUCGUAUGGUGCACGGAGAGGUCAUGAUGAAGUAAUGAAACGUGGUACAUUUGCUAAUAUUCGUAUUGUAAAUAAAUUCUUGAAGAAAGCUGGACCAAGAACUAUUCAUGUUGAUAGUAAAACUGAGAUGGAUAUCUUUGAUGCAGCUGUAAAAUACAAAUCUGAAGGAAGACAGCUGAUAGUUUUAGCUGGGAAGGAUUAUGGAUGUGGAUCUUCUCGUGAUUGGGCAGCCAAAGGUCCUUACCUUCUUGGUGUUCGUGCAAUCAUUGCUGAAAGUUUUGAACGAAUCCAUCGUAGUAACUUAGUUGGCAUGGGCAUUGUUCCUCUGCAAUUUUUGCCUGGUGAAAAUGCUGAAAGUUUAAAACUCACUGGAUAUGAACAAUAUACCAUAAUAAUACCUGAUAAAUUAGAAACUCUGAUGAAAGUUCCAGUAUUGUUGGAUGAUGGUCGAAAAUUUGAAACUAUUGCUCGCUUCGACACAGAGGUGGAAUUGACCUACUUUCAGAAUGGUGGAAUAUUACAAUAUAUGGUUCGACAGAUGUUGAAAAGUGCAUAAAAGAAAUUCUAAAUACUGAUUAUUUUGUUCUAAAUUGUGUUGUUUUUAUGUUUCAAUUAAUAAGGUGCAGGACCCCAGCACAAUAUAUGUUUUGUGGACAAUUCCUAAUUCUUACAUUUUAGAUUUUGUUUUGAAUUUGGUGUAUUAUAAAAGAAACCAAUUAUUACUUAUUUGACGAAUACUCAGAUUUUAUGUAUGAACUAUUAUGAUUUAUAAAGUUUACAGCAAGAAUAACUUUGUUUUGUUCUUUUCUUUUUUUCCCCCUAUUCUUUGAAUAAAAUUUUUACUUCAUUCAACUCUUGUACUAAUAAUAUGCUUCCAAUGCUUAUAAUACGAUUUGCUUAUAGCUACAAGUUAAGUACAAAUACUAUCAAUAUUUAGAGAUUCCUGUAACAUAAAUACAGAUUAAUUUAAACUUAUUGUUGACUCUUUAUUUUCUAAGUAUCAGGUAAAUUCCAGGUUUCUGCAUUUGAAAUAUUUUUUAUUCAUUGUUAAAACCUAGGAAUAUUUUCCUUUGUAUGUAUAUUGAGCUCUUAAAAUAGAUGUUCAUUUGACUGGUGAAUCGAGGAAGUUAAUGAAAUGUUAUAGUAUAUAGAAUUAAAAUAAUAUAAUUAAAUCAUUCAACACUUCUCAUGGUUGAUAUUGAGAAUUUGAAUGUGACCGCUUGAAGUAGAUAUGUUACAGAUGAUUACCUCUUUUUGGUUUGUUGAUUUGCAUUUUGCAAUGUGAUUUCUUAUUUUUAUUUUUAUAAAAUAAAUGUUGGUUUGAGGUA